AUGCGCUAUAUACCCAAACAAAAAGACGGAUCGGUGGUGCCUUUGCCUUGGCCUGUGGCCAUAUAUAGACGCUGGAAUCAUCUAGCCUGGCCACUGGAGGAUGACGCUACACGCAAUGAUAUAUGGUUGGAUCGUUUGGGCAUCUUUGUUGGAUUUCUUAUUUUCUGUCUACACAACGAAGUGGAUUUUCAUUAUUUGCUGGCCUAUAGACAUGAUAUAGAUAAAAUGCUAGAGGGCAUGCCCACGUAUCUGAUAUUAGUGGAAAUGCAGAUAAGAUGUUUUCAUUUGGCUUUGAAUAAGCAAAGCUUUAAGCAAUUGUUAAAACAAUUCUAUGCUAACUUCUAUGUUACGCCUUUAAUGGAUUCAGCAUUGUACGAGGAUAUACAACGUCAAAUGCAACCCACGCGUUUCAACUCGUUAAAUUAUUUGGCGGCGCUGCUUAAUUUUGGUUUUGUGCCAGUUUUGAACAUCAUAUAUAAUCGCCGUGAAAUGCUUUAUAAGCAGGUUUAUCUAUUUGAUAAUACUGUGUGGUAUUUUUAUUAUCCUUUAAUUGCCUGCAACUAUUGGGUUGGCAUAGUUAUUGAUAGUAUGCUCUUUGGUGAGCUUAAUGUGCUGGGGGAGUUCAUGAUGCAUCUGAAUGCGCGUUACAUAAUUCUGAGCAGAGACUUGGAGUCGUUGGCUGCACGUUGCAUAACCAAAAACAAACAAAGACAGCACUUGGCUUAUGAGUUUAAACUGGAACUCAAACAGCUGCUGCGUCGCCACUUUGAGUUGACAGCAUUUGUGGCCAGCAUAGAGAAAGAGUUCAGUUUGCGCAUAUUCUUCUCGUUUAGCUUCAGCACAGGACUACUCUGCGCCUUGGGCUUUAAAGCGUAUACUAACCCGCUUGGCAGUCUGGUCUACAUAUUCUGGUUUGCAGCCAAAUUUUUUGAGCUUUUGGCCUUUGGCAUGCUUGGCUCAACGCUGCAGAAAACGACCGAUAACUUGAGCACUAUGUACUACAGUUGUGGCUGGGAGCAAAUUAUGUAUCAUUCACCCAAUGAGCAAGAGAAUGUGCUUAUGAUGAAGUUGGUCAAGCAAGCAGUGCAAAUUAAUGCCACACCCGUGUCUCUUAGUGGCUUAAACUAUUUUCAUGUUACGCUUGAAGCUGUAGUUACAAUAAUACAAGGUGCCUUUUCGUAUUUUGCUUUUCUUAAAUCAAUGCGUUGA